AUGGCGAGAAGAUGCGCAUCUCUCCUUAAACAAAUCAUCACCAGAUCGCAAUCGUUAGAGUCUCCAACCAUCCUGGCCUCAUGCUCCAGCAGAUUCAACUCCAAGCGCCCUGUCACGUACAUGCCCCGGCCCGGUGAUGGGUCUCCACGCGCGGUCACCCUUAUACCCGGAGAUGGCAUAGGGCCCCUGGUCACCGGCGCCGUCGAGCAAGUGAUGGAGGCAAUGCACGCGCCCCUAUGCUUCGAGAAAUACGAAGUGCGAGGGGACAUGAAUAGGGUGCCACAGGAGGUGAUCGAUUCGAUCAAGAGGAACAAAGUGUGCUUGAAGGGCGGUUUGGCUACGCCUAUGGGGGGAGGGGUGAGCUCGUUGAACGUGCAGCUGAGGAGAGAGCUCGAUCUGUACGCUUCGCUCGUGAAUUGUUUCAAUCUUCCGGGGCUGACCACAAGGCAUGAGAAUGUCGAUAUCGUUGUGAUUAGGGAGAACACGGAGGGCGAGUACGCCGGUUUGGAGCACGAGGUCGUCCCCGGCGUUGUCGAAAGCCUCAAGGUAAUAACAAAGUUCUGUUCAGAGCGCAUUGCUAGAUAUGCUUUCGAGUACGCUUACCUGAAUAACAGAAAGAAGGUGACUGCUGUGCACAAAGCAAACAUUAUGAAGCUCGCGGACGGUUUGUUUUUGGAAUCCUGUAGAGAGGUCGCCAGCAAUUAUCCCGGAAUCCUAUAUAACGAAAUCAUUGUGGAUAACUGUUGCAUGCAACUAGUUUCAAAACCCGAGCAGUUCGAUGUCAUGGUGACGCCCAAUCUGUAUGGGAAUCUAGUGGCGAACACAGCAGCAGGCAUUGCAGGAGGCACAGGAGUGAUGCCGGGAGGGAAUGUUGGGGCGGAUCAUGCGGUGUUCGAGCAGGGUGCUUCGGCGGGGAAUGUUGGGAACGAGAAGCUGGUGGAACAGAAGAUGGCCAACCCGGUGGCGCUGCUGCUGUCGUCCGCAAUGAUGCUGCGCCAUCUGCAGUUUCCGGCGUUUGCCGACCGAUUGGAGAAUGCUGUUAAAGCAGUAAUAUUAGAGGGGCAGCACCGCUCCAAAGACCUGGGAGGUUCCAGCACCACCCAAGACAUUGUUGAUGCCGUCAUAGCUGCCUUGGACUGAACUACUCGUCUCCCCCCCUCUCGUUUACAUAUCCAUCCGUAUCUCAAUAAUCAAUUCUUGCUUCUAGCUCCAAUCUUAUUUUGAGCUCAUUUUUGUUUGGCAUCGUUAUUUCAAAUUAAUUAAUACAUACGAGUCAUCACAAUUCUGUCUUUCCCUCCUUUAAUUUUCUCCAUCUGCUGACUCUUUCAUUGUCCUGGAUUGCGCCAUUAUUACUCUCUCGGAUUUCCCUCACCUGCUGCCAUAUCAAAUAACACAAU